AUGGUUGGGGUUGCUGGCAAGUAUAAAGGCUGCAACACUUGUCGAGGCAGGAGGGUAAAGUCACUGACGGAUCCGGGAAAGUGUGACAACACUCGCCCAUAUUGCAGGAAAUGCACAGACAGCGGACGAGAUUGCGGAGGAUACGAGCGCGAGAGGGUCUUCAUCAUAGGCACGCCCCGAGAACAUGGACGAUGCUCGUCGCACCCACGUCGAGCCGUCAGCGGCAGAUCACUGCGCAAAACGCCCGCAUCGUUGGCAUCCGAACGACCGGAGUCUGAGGAGCCAACAGUGCUGAAACAUGAAGGCGCCCUCGAGACGCCCGCGGCGAGCAGGACGGAUACGUAUGACAUGGUGCCUAUCGAGCCGCUUCAACCUGCAUGGGACGAUCUUAUCUCUGUGUCCUGCUCAGGUGUAGUAUUAAGCCUACAGAUCGCGUCUUUCAACACAAAUUUGUCAAUGGUUGACCAGAGCGGACAAGUUUCGAACGGUUCCAGGCUUAAGACCAUAUCGCUGCCCCCAUACAAACUUCCAGAUGCACGUCGAUCCAUGGGUAACCAUGACUUUGAGUUGCGCUGCCAUUGCUUGACGCACAUCUCGGACGUGGAGGAGGUUCGCGAUGAGAUUUUGGGAAAAGUAACAGGUACAGACAGCAUAUGUCUGUUUCUCUUCGAGCGCAACUGGUCCGCUCUGUCUUCAUCUCUGCCGUCUUGGAUUCAAGAUCCUGCACCGCCGAACUCUGUCAAACAGCUUGGCCCCGAAAACUUCAAGAAUUUUCCAGCACACCACUUCUUCGCUCGGGUGUACCGUCCAAACUCUUUAUUCGCGGCUGUCAUCAACCGCAAGAGCACGUUUCUUGCAAGUCCCGAAUGGACGAGCGUGCCUUGGGAACUUCACCCAAAAUCAGCCAUCGAUCGACUGCUCGACGUAAUUGCCCUCAUCCCCGACUUGUUAUCCCGCGCUGACCACAUACUUCCUCACGCUCCAACCCUGGAAAGAAGAAUGCUGGCCAACGACCUGUUGGGAAACUGUCUUAACGUGCAAGGCCUCCUGGACGGGUGGCUUCUCUCCCUUGAUCACGACCUGGCCGGCGAUGGCACGCCGGUGCCGCGACAGCUAUACUGGGUCAACCCCAUCGACGACUCAACGAGCAUCCCCUUUGCGGACAGCACGUACGGCUUCCGAGAUCUGCAGACGGCAACAGCACUGAUAUACUACUGGACGGCCUUGCUGAUCCUGCUGCCCUGCAUCGAGCGCCUGAACCAAGCCACCUACGAACCAAUCCCCGAAUCCUUUACGCAGCUCUUUCCGGCCAACUUCUACAACAUGACGCAGCCGGACGGCAUGUCGAUGGGUCUCAUGGGGACGCCGCUUCCAGGCGGGUCGGGUCCCAUGGCGGACAGCCGUAGCGGCGGUGGCGGCGUCGGCCAUGGCGGCAAGAGCACGCAAGAGCUCGCGGUCAACAUUUGCAGAAGUUUGGAUUUUGCGCUGGAACGUAGCGUCCAGCCCGACCUGCUGGCCGUCCCCUUUGCGGUGGUCGAAGAGCACUAUCGAGAGACCAACAUGGCGACUGGAGAAGCCGCCAUGGAGUUGAUGUGGUGCCAGGCUUUUAGCGAGCAGCUGUUGGCCAAAGGGCAGGGAAUUGCUGAUGUGGUGCAGCGGCGCAGCUGGAGUGAGCUGCGUCGUUUUGGGCCUUGA